CGAAAUCAGAUCCGUCCUUCAUCAAAAACAUUUCUGAAAACCCGACGCCCUGUCGCUCCUGAUCUUAUUCCAUCCUCCUCCUCUUCCUCUCACCCAUUUCUCCCCCGACAUCCCCGUUCUUUUGAGGCUGGUGCCUCAUCGCUCGCGUUGCGAAUCGUUGCUCGGGUCGUCUGCUUUGUGCUUCCAGGUAGCUCAUACCGCCGUUGACGCAAGCCCGUGACUGCGAUUGGAUUUCCUUGUUUCUCCUGUUUCAGCUCCCGCACUCCCCCAGACAACAAAAAGGCUGCCCUUAGCCCAACCUGCAAAUCCGUCAUCCCGAACAAAUCGAUCCCUCAACCCUUGAUCAGACGGGUUUUCAUUGCGAGGCUCCGGGAGCAAAUUAUUCAAGAUGGCAUACAAUGGCCGUGGUCAGGAGUACGGUGGCCACCCCAUGCAGGAUCUUCCUGCUGGAGGCAACUACCACCUCCCCCCUCAGGAGAGCGACGAAGAAGCAGGCCGACAUCUCCUGAACUCGGGCUACGAACAAGAUCGACUUGGCGCCAGGACUCCCCCAGACCGUCCCGUCUCCGCCUACAGUCUGACUGAGUCCUACGCCCCCAACGCAGCCCAGCACCAAGGCCCUGGUUUCGGCAGUGACAACGGCGGUAACAAUGGCUCAUUUGGCCAGUUCAACACUGAGGCCCCCUACGGUCGACCUGAGUCCGCCUUCGACCCCGAUGACAGCUGGGUCCAGCGUCAGCAGCAGCCCGCCAUGGGUGCUGGUGGCGGUGGCCUCGGUCGCUCAAAAACCCGUAAGGUCAAGCUUGUCCAGGGUUCCGUUCUCAGCAUCGACUACCCGGUGCCUUCCGCCAUCAAGAACGCCAUUCAGCCUCGUUACCGCGAUGCCGAGGGUGGCAGCGAUGAGUUCGUCAAGAUGCGAUACACAGCCGCCACUUGUGAUCCCAACGACUUCACCUUGAAGAACGGUUACGAUUUGCGACCCCGUAUGUACAACCGACACACUGAGUUGCUCAUUGCCAUCACCUACUACAACGAAGACAAGGUGCUGGUUUCCCGUACCCUACACGGUGUCAUGCAGAACAUCCGUGAUAUUGUCAACCUCAAGAAGUCGACCUUCUGGAACAAGGGCGGCCCCGCUUGGCAGAAGAUUGUUGUGUGCCUGGUUUUCGAUGGUAUCGACAAGGCCGACAAGACCGUUCUUGAUGUCCUUGCCACUAUCGGUAUUUACCAGGAUGGUGUGGUCAAGAAGGAUGUCGAUGGCAAGGAGACAGUCGCUCACAUUUUCGAGUACACCAGUCAGCUUUCCGUCACUCCCAACCAGCAGCUCAUCCGACCCACCGAUGACAGCCCCCAGAACCUGCCCCCGGUUCAGUUCAUCUUCUGUUUGAAGCAGAAGAACACCAAGAAGAUCAACUCUCAUCGUUGGCUCUUUAACGCCUUCGGCCGCAUCCUGAACCCCGAGGUCUGUCUGCUCCUUGAUGCCGGUACCAAGCCCAGUCCCCGAUCUCUGUUGGCUCUCUGGGAGGGUUUCUACAACGACAAGGACCUUGGUGGUGCUUGUGGUGAGAUUCACGCCAUGUUGGGUAAGGGUGGCAAGAAGCUGCUCAACCCGCUCGUUGCUGUCCAGAACUUCGAGUACAAGAUUUCCAACAUUCUAGAUAAGCCUCUAGAGAGCUCUUUCGGCUACGUCUCUGUAUUGCCUGGUGCUUUCUCUGCCUAUCGAUUCCGAGCCAUUAUGGGUCGCCCUCUGGAGCAAUAUUUCCAUGGUGAUCACACCCUGUCAAAGCAGCUCGGAAAGAAGGGUAUCGAUGGUAUGAACAUUUUCAAGAAGAACAUGUUCUUGGCUGAGGAUCGAAUUCUGUGUUUCGAGCUUGUUGCCAAGGCUGGUCAGAAGUGGCACUUGAGUUACAUCAAAGCCGCCAAGGGUGAAACCGAUGUUCCCGAAGGUGCUGCUGAGUUCAUCAGCCAGCGUCGACGAUGGCUCAACGGUUCGUUCGCCGCCUCGCUGUACUCUCUGAUGCACUUCGGCCGAAUGUACAAGAGUGGACACAACAUCAUCCGCAUGUUCUUCUUCCACAUUCAGCUCAUCUACAACUCCCUGAACCUCAUGUUCACCUGGCUCUCUCUCGCGUCUUAUUACCUCACUACUUCCGUCAUUAUGGACCUUGUCGGUAACCCCAAUGUUAUUACCGGAUACCACGGUUGGCCAUUCGGUGACAAGGCCACUCCUGUCGUCAACUCCAUUCUCAAGUACCUCUACCUCGCCUUUGUCAUCCUGCAGUUUAUCCUUGCUCUGGGUAACAGACCUAAGGGUUCCAAGUUCACAUACAUCGCCUCAUUCGGUCUUUUCUCUCUCAUCCAGGGUUACAUCUUGGUUCUCUCCGCCUACCUUGUCGUUCGCGCACUGAACACUAACCUCGGAGACCAAAUCUCGUUUGCUUCUGGUGAGGCUUUCGUCAACAGUUUCUUUGGUGACAGCAGUGCUGCAGGUGUUAUCAUUGUGGCCCUCAUUACCAUUUACGGUCUGAACUUCAUCGCCUCCUUCAUGUACCUCGACCCUUGGCACAUGUUCCACUCCUUCCCUCAGUAUCUCUUCCUCAUGGCUACCUACAUCAACAUUCUCAUGGUCUACGCCUUCAACAACUGGCACGAUGUUUCUUGGGGUACCAAGGGAUCUGACAAGGCCGAGGCUCUCCCCUCCGCCCACGUCACCAAGGGUGAGAAGAACGAGGUCGUGGUUGAAGAAAUCGUACAGGAGCAGGAGGAUAUCGAUAGUCAAUUCGAGCAGACUGUCCGACGAGCCCUGGCUCCCUUCAAGGAGGAGGAGGAGAUCGAGAAGGCGGAUGUUGAGGAUUCCUACAAGUCCUUCCGAACUGGUCUCGUCGUCACGUGGCUGUUCUCCAACAUUUUCCUCACGAUUGUCAUUACAAGCGACACCUUCGACAAUUUCCACAUCGGAGACUCUGCCACUGUGCGAACAGCCAACUACUUCAAGUUUCUGCUCUACGCCACAGCCGUGCUGUCUCUCGUCCGAUUCUUCGGCUUCCUUUGGUUCUUGGGUAAGACCGGUCUCAUGUGCUGCUUCGCCAGACGAUAAGCACCUCACACUCCGCGCUUUUGGGAAUCGGUGGAUAUGUAGGGUAUGACGGGUGUCAGUAGAUAAAUUGGCUCGUUAUGGUAUACCUGAGUUUUGUAACGUCUUUCUUCUUCUUGUUUUGAGUAUUAAUGGAUGGCAAAUCAAAAAGAGUAUUGUGUAUUUGAGGCGUCUUCCAAUGGAUUUGGACACGACAAGUAUCUAGUCUAAUUUGGCAUCUAUCGGGGAUUAUGAAAAACUUGACUCAUGAGAUUUUAUAUUAA